AAGACGGCAGCAGAAGGGACGAAACUCCGAAGCGGCCGGUCGCCGCUCCCCCGAGUCCGCGACCGCGACCCGCGAGGAGGGCGAGCCCGCCGAGGCGGAAGGUGCCUCGAGAUCUCCUCCCCGCGGCUCGCGGGUCAGAAGCAGCAGCAAGUCGCAUUUCUAAAUUCAUCGUCGUUUCGUCCCCACCCCAUCCCUGCCAUCUGCCUUCCAAAAUCCGCACACCCCCUCCUCCCCCCGCGCGCCCAGUUAAACCCGUCCGCGGCCGCGAGUUUGACUCGUGAUCGCGUCCAGAUCCGGCUUCCUCCCCCCUCCGACGACUCCCGCGCACAAAACAAUUCCGAGCGAGGCGGAGACCCCCGUGAUAAAUCACCGCGCACCACCCGUGGCUUCCCACCACACCACCGAAUUAUCCGCAGUGCGGGGCCGGAGGAAGCUUCUGAAGAAUCAGAAACUCUUCAUGUGACUGAUCGGUUGGUUGCGCCGGCUUGUGAGGCUCCAGCAGCAAGUUCAGGGAGCACUUCGUGUGCUUGCAGCCACUUGUAGAUUCCUCAUCGAGGUGCUGGUGCUAUCACGUUGUGGUAGUUGAGAAGGAUCUGUCUAACUUCCACAGCUGCGAGGAAAGCUUGCUGAGAUGUCUAAUCUCUCAGACCCCUCCAAAGAAGAUGCUUCAUCAGAGGGUUCAGGUACUAUCCAGAAAAAUGGAGCCUGGAGUAACGCAUUGAACACUCUUCUGCAGCAAGCCUCAGUCUAUGGUGUUGCUGCUGGGUAUUGUCUAUCAGCAUCUCUGCUUUCCAUCAUCAACAAAUGGGCAGUCAUGAAAUUUCCGUAUCCUGGAGCCCUGACAGCUCUGCAGUACUUCACUAGUGUUGCUGGAGUUCUCCUCUGUGGACAGCUAAAGCUCAUUGAGCAUGAUGGCCUCAAUUUGAGGACUAUGUGGAAGUUUUUACCUGCUGCUGUGAUGUUCUAUAUCUCCAUCUUCACAAACAGUGAACUCCUGCUGCAUGCCAACGUGGACACUUUCAUUGUGUUCCGCUCUGCUGUGCCAAUAUUUGUUGCCAUCGGAGAGACGCUGUAUCUUCACCAGCCAUGGCCAUCGCUGAAGACAUGGCUUUCACUUUCCACUAUACUUGGUGGAAGUGUGAUCUAUGUUUUCACAGACAACCAAUUCACUGUGACUGCUUACACCUGGGCGGUGGCCUACCUAGUAAGCAUGUCCAUUGAUUUUGUGUACAUCAAGCACGUUGUCAUGACCAUUGGGCUGAACACAUGGGGCCUUGUGCUAUACAACAACCUUGAAGCUUUGAUGCUGUUCCCCCUUGAGCUCCUUAUAAUGGGAGAGUUUGAUCAGAUGAAGGUUGACAGCUCCAAAGUGUCAAAUUGGCUUUCAUUUGAUGUGGUCCUCCCUGUUGCUCUCUCAUGCCUAUUUGGGCUGUCGAUAUCCUUCUUUGGGUUCUCUUGCAGACGGGCUAUCUCUGCUACUGGGUUCACAGUAUUGGGCAUAGUGAACAAACUCCUGACCGUGGUGAUUAAUCUGCUUAUCUGGGACAAGCAUGCCUCCUUUGUGGGUACCAUUGGGCUCCUUAUAUGCAUGUCAGGUGGUGUACUCUACCAGCAAUCCACCACAAAACCAAAAGCACCAAAGGUUGAGCCAAAGGAAGAGAAUGAUGAGGAGCAGCAGAAAUUGCUGCAGAUGCAGGGAGUGCAAGAGAGCAGUUCAACUCAAAAGUAAAGUUCUUCAUAAACCUUAAAAGAAGUUCACCAUUGAUGCGGUACCUCCUUUGCAACAGCCUCGCCUGAACACUUGGGCACUGGUUGAUGCUUGGAAACAAACACAUGGGUGGAUCAUGGAUGGUAGUCCUGGACUAGGUGUUGCAAAAUCUCGAAAAGUUUUAGAUAUUAGAUGCCAUGGAGGGGACCUAGCUAAGAAUCAUCAUGCAAUUCUUUGUUACUGCAUUACCGUUUUCAUUUGUUACACAAGAUUUUUAUGGUAGUAGGGUACGAUGGACUUGUCAAAUGUACCUACCUACCUGCACUGAAUACGUCGUAAAUGAAAGCAUCUAUCUCAUCAACAUAAUAUGGUCUGUGCUUAUCUAUUUCUCUGCUGAAGUUUGCCAAUUUAUUCUGUAAUGGUGAUGGAACCAUCCGUUUCCCUCUUAUGCUGAAAGAAAAUCUUUCAUGUGCCCAGUGCAUGAACUGUAUCA